UUCCCACAGAUAAGCCAUACUUCUGCUGGGUUCUACAGUCAUUGUGUCACAGGCUCUAGCGCAGACGGCUGAUCCAACAUGGCGACUGUGUAUCUGGCUUGUGUUCUGAUCUCGGCAGGUCUAGUUCAUAUGAAAUCUGUUGAGAAAAGAGAGGUCGCUUGCUACCCGGAUGUUGGGUGUUUUGCUAACGAAGGACCUUUUGCUUACUCGCCACAGAGGCCACUUACAGUAGUGCCCGAGUCGCCACAGAAAGUUGGCACAAUCUUCAGGCUGUAUUCCCGUGAGUCCAAGCUCAACCCCCAGGUGUUGGACGCCCUCCACUUCACAUCAGCUGGCUCAGUAUUGACCAACUUCAAGCCCAGAAACACCAAGAUUCUCGUCCACGGCUUUCUGGACAGUCCCUUCCUCACCAGCUGGACCAAGGAUUUGACGGCGGCAUUGCUGAAUCAAGGAGACUACAAUGUAAUAGUCGUGGACUGGUCCAAGGGCAAUCUGUUCCCGUACACCCAAGCUACAGCCAACACAAGGAUCGUUGGCGCUCAGAUAGGCUUGUUGGUCAACCAGCUGAUCAAAACAAAAAAUGUGACGGCUGCAGAUUUCCACAUCAUUGGCCACAGUCUGGGCUCCCACAUCUCAGGUUACGCUGGUGAGAGGAUCCCAGGGCUCGGCAGGAUUACAGGUCUGGACCCAGCAGGCCCAUACUUUGAGAACACCGACCCAGCUGUCAGACUUGAUCCAACUGAUGCUGUUUUUGUUGACGCCAUGCACACAGAUGCCGAGAAACUCAUUUAUUUAGGUCUGGGCAUGAAGCAGGCAGUGGCUGACAUUGACUUCUACCCUAACUCUGGCCACGACCAGCCGGGCUGUACAAGAAACCCUUUCACCAACAUCGCCGAGUGGGGUUUGGUGCAAGGUACUACUGAAGUAGUUGCUUGCAACCAUUUCCGUGCCGUCCAUUUCUUCAUUGAGAGUGUCAAGUCGGACUGUCCAUUCAUGGGCUAUACUUGUAACAACGAGGAUGACUUUGAGAACGGCAAAUGUAAUACAUGUGGUACCGCCGGCUGCUCUUUUAUGGGUCUACACGCAGACAGGAACAUCCCAGCCCGGGGGUCGUACAGAAAAGUUUAUCUUCAUACAGCCAAUCACCAGCCGUUCUGUCAAUUCCAUUUGGACGUGACACUGAAACUACAACCCAAUGUUGGACAAACAACAAAAGGCGCUGUUGCUGUUGUCAUCAAUGGGGACAAAGGGUCGACAAACAGGGUUCAGCUCAAUGCAGGCGCCAUCAACUUUGAACCCGGAAGUGUCCACACGUUUCAGGUGGCAACACCAAAUGACAUCGGCAACAUCCGAAAUAUAAUGGUGAUAUACAUGCACACAGUAUCUCUGUUGAAUCCACUUGACUGGGACAUCCUUGGCUUGACCAGCUCUAAGAUUUAUCUACAGGAGGUGGACGUCAAGCGGCAGGAAGCGGGCGUUGAAUCUCGGGUGUGUGCAGCUGGUAGUGGUGUGGUUGUAGAGUCAGAUAAAGCUGUUGUCAUCAAUAGAGCUUGCUAAUCACAUGAUGCCCUCGACGACAGCUAUAAAUAAACUUUAUAUUAUACCUUU